AUGUUCCCCAUAGCCUUGCUGCUAAAUGUUGUGGCAGCAUGGGUGUCUCUGCACCUGAAGGCUACUUCCACAUUUGUGGUGUACCUGAAAAAUCUCGUAGCUGCUGACAUCAUUGUGACCUUGAUGAUCCCAAUCAAAGCUGGAGCUGACAUGCCAGGUGCAUGGCAGGAUUUAAUUGUUGCUACAUGCCGUUUUUUCUCUGUCGUUUUCUACAAUGCACAGUACACCUGCAUCGCCCUGUUGGGGUGCAUCAGUCUGGACCGCUUCUUUAAGAUCAUGAUGCCCCGAAGCACAUUCUUUGUCCAGAGUUUGACCUUUAGCAAAGUGAUCUCUGGCACAGUCUGGGUGCUUCUGUUCGGAGGUAUAGGUAUACCAAAUUUCCUUUUAACUAACAAACAAGUGGUAAACUUGACAGCAAUCAGCAGUUGCACAACUCUGAAAGGACCUGCGGGAAUACAGUUCCAUAAAAAUUCAACUCUGGCUAUGAAUGUUUUCUUUUGGCUCGUCAGCUUGAUCAUUGUGGUUUGCUACAUCUGCAUCACCAACAAAGUGAUCCAGUCCUACAGAAAGUCCGGCAGCAACAACAACCAGGGCAAGCACAAAAUCAAACUACGUGUUUUUAUAGUUAUAAUUGUGUUUUUCGUGUGUUUUGGUCCAUAUCACUUAAUCAGAAUCCCAUACACUUUUCAACAAGUCAGCUAUUCAGAUACCAAGUGCUCUUAUUUGUAUGAACAUAUGAGUUUUGCCAAAUCACUCAGCCACUGGCUCGCUACGACAAACGUCUGCAUGGACCCGCUCCUUUACGUCUUCCUUUGUCGGGAGUUCAAAGAGAAACUGACGUCAAUGAUGAAAAAUGUGAUCAUCUCGUUUAAAGUUGCCACAGGAAGCAAAUUGAAAGCCCCUUUGCCCCAUUAA